CCUAGCAAUCGAUAGUUCGAUAAAUCAUAGUAUUUCCACAUCCCUACCAACAUCAUCAGCUUUUAAAAGUAGCGGCAAUUUCCGCAAAUUUCGUUUGCAAAUUUUCAAAACUCCAAGGUUCUCUUAGUUAAGUCAACAUGUCAACGGCUCAAGCAACAAAGAACUGUAUCACCCUUAAGGGCUCCGCGCAAAUAAUCGUAGAAUACCUUAAGUACGGAAUCAAUUCUAUCUUGUUCCAACGCGGUAUUUAUCCAGCGGAGGACUUUGACAACACCCAGCACUAUGGACUGACGAUCCUCAUGUCCAAAGACCCCAAAAUCACAACCUUCCUGCAGAAUGUCCUGAGUCAAACAGAAGAGUGGCUUUCCAAGAACAUGAUCAACAAGAUCUCCAUGGUCAUCACAAACGCCCACACCAAGGAGGUGCUUGAAUGCUGGGACUUCAAAAUGCAAGCCGAGCUCGGCGAUGGCGACACCAGCGAUCCCUCCAAGCUCACUAGCACAAAGGAGUUGAGCCGCAUCCAGAACGAAAUUCGAGAUGUAAUGAGGCAGAUUUCGGCCACCGUCAGCUAUCUUCCGCUGCUCGACUGCAUCUGCACCUUCGACGUGAUGAUCCAUACUCUUCAGAACACUGAACUGCCGGCCAAGUGGGACGAAACGGGAGCUAUUGUCAUCCAGAACGCACAGGCAGUUCAGUUGCGCUCCUUCUCGACGGGUCUCCACAAGGUCGACACCGUUGUUAACUAUAAGAUGAGCACUUAGCUCUUACAUCGAUGCCGAUUUUAAUUCUUUUAAAUAUUUAUUCAUUUUCUAUAUUUACAAAUAGUGGGUAACCAACGUAACGUAAUUGAGAGUUGCAUUAAAAGCCAGUUUGUGAAAAGCUAA